AUGAAAAAUAUUCUGACAAAAUUCAUCUUCGUCAUCGUUUGUCUGAUUUCGAUUUCAACUCAAGAUGUUUUGAUACGCAAUAUCGACAGCUCAGAAGAUAAUAAUUAUUCUAAUAGCGAUGAGUCAGAUAGAGAAGCUCGGUUGAUUCCUUCGAGACAUUGGUUCUGUGGAUCGGGCAGAUGGUCACACUUGUCAUCUUAUUUUGUAAUUGGUGGCUGUUUUGGAGCAAAAUGUAAGUUCAAUAUAAAUAUAAACUGUUGAAUUAUUUUAUAUUGAAGAUGAUUUCAAUCAUCAAUGUGCUAUACAUGAUGAUUGUUAUGAUAAUCAACGCGGAAAAGAAAAAUGUGAUGCUGCGUUCUGUGAAAAAAACAAAGUAAGUUUUUCGAAUUUCAACAAAAAAAACGAUUCAAUUUUAUAGGUAAUUGCGUCGAAUUAUUACCUACCUAAUUGUUAUGCAUAUUCAAAACUUUCGUGUAUAGCAGUGAAAACUUUUGGAGGCGAUGCAUAUGCUUCCGCUGGAAACAGUCAUUCUUACUAUGAACCAUAUGUUAUGAACAAUGAUUUUGGCACAACUUAUAAACACAUUUUUGAUAACUGUAAACAUCAAAAUGGUUUGUUUAAUGAACAAUACUAAUAAUAUAUUUAUUAACUCAAUUUACAGCAACUUUUUCUGAUUGCGCUUUCAUCUAUGAAACUUGUCUUGACAAAACAUGGGGAAAUUGUGGUCGAAACGUAACUAAAAACUAAUGGAUGUUGAAAUACAUAGUUUGUUUUCAGUUGAAAGGAUGUAUCCUCGAAACGAAAGAUCAACGUGAUCCAGAUACAGUUUGUGAUGCAGCUGUUGAAAAAGUGGCUCAACAAAUUGCUGAAUGA